GCUCUCUAUUACACACACACGCGUCAUCAGCAUGGUGAUAAUCUCCAGUGCUGUUGCAUCAGGCCAGUGAGAGAGAACUGAGCUUCAGAUCCCGCGUCUGAAAACAAGGAAGUGUCGGAGCACAUGUUCUCACUGAGGACCUUCACAUUCACUUCAGGCUACUUGAGGCGGUGAAAGAGGCUUUUUUUAUUUAAUUUUUUUAAUCGGAUUAUUUAUUUUUUCCUCCCAGUUUUGGUAGAGUCUCAGGUAAGGCGGAAAAUUCCAUAUACAUUACAUACAGCCUAUAAUCAGACAGGAAAUAGCCUAAUAACGGAGACACUCCACUGAACUGUCUUCAUCCCUAUUGGGAUAUGCUCUCAGUUUAUUAUAAAACUGUCCGGUCACAUUGACUAGUUUGAUUAAAAACCAAUCGAAACUAAAAGCUGGACUCCCAUUUCCACCGGCUCUCCUGGCUGUAUUUCUUCUGAUCUCUUCCCUGCUGUGUGGGUGAAGGACGCAGGGGAUGCUGAUGUUGUGUCCCACAGCUGGUCCACACUGAGGAUUGAAGCUCUGUCCUAUUUGUCCAAAGGGAACUAAUCCGCGCUCAUCCCUCCCCGCUCUGAACACUUUCGCCAAGGCUGCAGAUCGCAGUCACACAGGGCACUGAACACCGCGGUCCCCUCCGAGCCUUUCCCCACCGAGUGUCCUAGACCGAAGUGGACAUGACGGACGGACCGAGACAGCGCGGGAGCGCGGCAGCUGCUGCCGGGGAAGAAGCGACACAAGCCGGGAAAGCAGAAGGACAAUCCUCCGUGGCUCUGAAGAAGGAAAUCGGGCUCGUGAGCGCCUGUGGGAUUAUUGUGGGUAACAUCAUCGGCUCAGGGAUCUUCGUCAGUCCUAAGGGUGUGCUGGAGAAUGCUAGCUCCGUGGGCCUGGCUCUCAUCGUCUGGAUCGUUACAGGUGUCAUCACUGCUAUCGGCGCUCUCUGCUACGCUGAACUGGGGGUCACCAUCCCUAAAUCUGGCGGUGACUACUCUUAUGUCAAGGACAUCUUCGGUGGACUGGCAGGGUUCCUGAGAUUAUGGAUCGCUGUCCUGGUGAUCUACCCCACCAACCAAGCAGUCAUCGCUCUCACCUUCUCCAACUAUGUUCUGCAACCGAUCUUUCCCACCUGCUUCCCACCAGAUAUUGGCCUUCGCCUACUCGCAGCUCUCUGUCUCUUGCUGCUGACUUGGGUGAACUGUGCGAGCGUGCGCUGGGCCACACGUGUACAGGACAUUUUCACGGCUGGGAAACUGCUGGCCCUCAUCCUUAUCAUCGUCAUGGGCAUUGUGCAGAUCUGCAAGGGUGAUUAUUAUUGGCUGGAGCCAGUCAAUGCCUUCGAGCCAUUUCAGGACUAUGAUGUCGGUCUGAUAGCGCUAGCGUUUCUGCAAGGCUCUUUUGCUUAUGGAGGCUGGAACUUCCUUAACUAUGUGACAGAGGAACUGGUCAAUCCCUAUGUAAACCUGCCUCGUGCAAUCUUCAUCUCCAUCCCUCUGGUGACUUUUGUGUAUGUGUUUGCGAACAUUGCCUAUGUCACAGCCAUGAGCCCUCAGGAGCUGCUGGCCUCCAACGCUGUUGCUGUGACGUUUGGUGAGAAGCUGUUGGGAGUGAUGUCAUGGAUCAUGCCCAUCUCGGUGGCUCUGUCCACCUUUGGGGGAGUCAACGGCUCCCUCUUCACCUCCUCUCGGUUGUUCUUCGCCGGUGCCAGAGAGGGCCAUCUGCCCAGCCUGCUAGCUAUGAUCCAUGUGAAGCGCUGCACACCUAUUCCUGCCCUCCUCUUUACUUGCAUCUCGACCCUUCUGAUGCUGUGCACGAGUGAUAUGUACACACUUAUCAACUAUGUGGGCUUUAUCAACUACCUCUUCUAUGGUGUCACAGUCGCCGGGCAGAUUGUCCUGCGAAUCAAACAGCCUGACAUGCCACGACCAAUCAAAAUCAGCCUAGUGUGGCCAGUGAUCUACCUGCUGUUCUGGGCCUUCCUACUGAUCUUCUCUCUGUACUCUGAACCUGUGGUUUGUGGCAUCGGCCUGGCCAUUAUGCUCACCGGUGUGCCCGUCUACUUCCUGGGCGUCUACUGGGACAACAAGCCCCAGUGUUUCAACACAUUUGUGGAUAAGAUGACUUACCUGGGCCAGAAGUUCUGUGUGGUGGUUUAUCCAGCCGAGGAUGAGAAGAAACCUGAGGAUGGAUACAGAGAAGACGGGAUAGAGAUGAAGGAGUCUGCUCCUCUGACUGCAGCGGACAGUACGAUGCCAGACUCAACCGAUGGCUAAACACACGCACGCACGCACACACACACACACACACACACACACACACACACACACACACACACACACACACAGUCACAUGCAGGGUCCCCAAUUGAUACAGAGCCACACUAGUAAAAUGGGUGUGAACUCAUAAAGCACACACUAGUACACCUUAUUUCAAUUGCUGCAUCUGCCUUUGCACACAUACACAGUAGUCAUUUAUUAAUCUGAGUGAGGUAGACUGAGGUAGAGGUGCAAGGUGAGCGAUGAGGUUGGGUAAAGAUGCUGGAUCCUGUUCCAGGCCUCUACAUUUUUUACUUAACCCCUCGACAUGGCCUCCUCGACAUGCUGCAGUGGCUUCUGUAAAGAUUACCACUUCAGAUCAUAAACCUUCAAAACUGAAUGUACAUAAGAUACUGCUAUUUUGGUAAAGUCCGAUUUACGAUACAGAACUAAAUACGCAUUCUUUGUUGAUGUACACAUCCAACUAAAAUUAUUUUUACAUCCACACUGUUGUAUUGCCAGUCUCAUCCUCUGACCUCAAGUAUUCCUCCAGCUUUUUUUUUUUUGAUGUAGUCAGUGUGAUGUACUACAGCUUCUCUCUCUCUCACACACACACACACACACACACACACUCUAGAAAUAUAUAUUUAUAUGAACCACGUUGAAAUCCAGUGUGUCCGCUUAGUGCAGUAUUUGUUCUUUCACAUCCCAUAAAAUCAUCCUUAGUGUAGUCUAAAUGUCCCAAAGUAUUUUGAUUGCAGUAUCUCAUAUCAGAUUCAACUUAGAUACACUAAGAACCAUUUUUUUAAAAUUGCAAAAUGUUUUUUUUAAAUCCAUAAUUAGUCUGAUUUGUUUAUUUUUUAUGAAGCUUUGUUAUAAUUAUUAUUGUGUUGUCAUUUUCAGUCAGUGCUUUUAUUUCACAGUUUUGUGUUGUUUUUCUCAAAUUGAUAACUCUGGGAUUUUCUUUUUUCUUUUUUUUUUAAGCUCGAGAUAGUAUCUAUAAAAUAUAUAUUUAAGAACCACAUUUUGUGGCUUAGAGUAGUUUUUUACCAGAGUCUUUGUCUGGUGUGAGUACAAUUCUAACACUUUUAGUUGCCUUAAUUAUAAUAUAAUAAUUGGAUAAUAAGAUAAUAAUAUUGCCUGGAUUUAGGCAUUCAUGUUGUGGCUGGGUUUUUUUGUUUGUUUGUUUUGUUUUUAAUCACCAUUGAACAAUUUUUUUUUUUUAAAGAUAAAACAUUUACAACAAAUGAAAAAAGCUCUGGAAUAUAUGAUGACUUGCUUAACUGAAUGAAUAACAGCAUACAUGAUUUUUACUGCUGAUUUUCUUUUAUAUUCUCUCUCACACACACACACACACACACACACACACACACACACUGAGGUCUAAAAACACAAUCGAAACACUCAUAUGCAUGUGUUCAAUUACCAAUUAAAUGAACUAAAUACAUUUUAUGUAAUUUCUUGUUCAAUGUCAAAAAGGAUCUAUUUUCACGUUACGUAGCUUGGCUUUAUUUUUUGAAAAAGGAAAAUGAUAGUGUAAGGGAGUGCUAUAUUUUUGUUCUUGACAUGAUUGUCAAAGAUUAUAUAGCCUAUAUAAAAUAUAUAGGAUUGUAUAAAUGAGUGCUUGAGUAAUAAAUGUGUGUUCAGAGUCAGAUAAAUCAUUAGCAAUGAAUGUUCAUAUUACUCUAAAAUAAUAUAGAUGCACUACUGGUGUUAAUGUGGGUGCAAGAACUUGACUAACUUUAACUGACCAAGCCAGCCCUUCUCUGGCACAUAUACCGGUAAUGUCGCUUUAUAUCUGUGCUGCCACCGUAAAUAAAAAAUGAAGGUAUACACCACCGACUGCUUACAUUGUCCACAUUUGCUAUUUGUGUGACAGGGUUUCAUGUAGGAUGAUAUUUUCCCAUCCAAAAUCCUACAUAACGUGUAUAUUUUGCUACAGAAACUAUUCAGUCUUGCUGUCACCCAAGACAUCUAGUUUUUACAGUGAUUUAUUCGAGUGAUCGCGAUAACAUGAGACACACACAUGCAGAUAUACUGUACUUUUAAAACAAAUAAUAUUGCAGAAGUGCAAUCGUUCCGAUGUACUUCCAAAUAUUAGCAAAAUAUGUGUCACACUACGUGAUUUUUGUACCAGGUGCUCUGUUUACAGCAUUGAAAAGCACACGAUGUUUUGCACCUGCAUAUGGAGGCUUGGUAGUGUAAUGCAGCAGGUAUAACUAGGUAUAACUCCAAAAUCAUAAUCUGACCAUCUGGUAUGAAAAUCUGAUGGACUGACACGUAGAUGGAAAGGUUCAGAGUCUACUGUUGUGUGUGUGGCUCAUGUGAUGUGAUGUGUGAUGUUUGUAGUCACAGGUCACAGUGUUUGUCUAUGUGCCUACAUAGUGAUGUCACACUUUUACCCAAUUAAUACUCGUGAAAAACAAUAACCACUAAAAUGAGUACAGAUUGUUCCUUAUGUGGAUAAAUAUUGUAAAUGUGUGUAAGUGGUGUAGAAAAGCAAUAAAAUGUUUAGUGUCGAUGUUCUGGACACAUCUGAAGUCUUGUAGUUAAAGAAUGUAAUUUAAAAAAAACUAUCCAGGCACAUUUAUACGUGUUUGAUUUGUAAUUAUAUUUAUAAUUCUUUACACGUCAUUUUGCGAACACUUUAGACCUUACUAGAUCUUUUAUGUUCUAUGUGUUGUACAUCCUAUUCACUACAAACACUCAGUGCAUAUACACACUGUUAAUUCCCGUAGAAGUUUGAAGAGAGAUCACUGAAAGCCAUCCAAGAUGUUGGUGUAAACCAUGACAGAUGUCUUGAGAUGUGUCCAGAGAAUAUGACUGUACCCACCAUCAGCAACAUGUGAUUGAAGUGUGUGAUAUUUUAACUGUCUUUGUCAUGUUAUUGUUUCAGUUUUGCUUUAUGGUUUGUGUUCGAUGUUUUUGACAUGAAAAGUUGAAUAAAUUUGGUAAAAAUCUCAAGUCAUCCAACACCCCUUACUCCCAGAUGAAGUUUCUACUGAUCUUAUUUCUUAUGGGUUUUGUAUGUGUUUCAGCUGUGUGUUGAAGUUAAAUAAAGCUGUACAUCCAAAUAAAA